CCUGAACUCAUUCCACCUUCUCGUACCCCUCCUCCCUCGCAGACUAUUUCACUCGCCCAGCUCUUGAGAGAGCUUUCCCUGUGUCCUCCACAACGCCCAUUUCUCCCUUCCAAAUUCUUCACAACCAAAGCCGCCAAGAUGUUUAUGGCAAGAUCAGAAUACGACCGGGGCAUCAACACCUUCUCCCCUGAAGGCCGCCUUUUCCAGGUCGAGUACUCCCUCGAGGCCAUCAAGCUCGGCUCCACGGCGAUCGGCGUCGCGACCAACGAGGGCGUCGUGCUCGGCGUCGAGAAGCGCGUGACGUCCACCCUGCUCGAGACCUCCUCCGUCGAGAAGAUUGUCGAGAUUGACCGCCAUAUCGGCUGCGCCAUGAGCGGCCUGCAGGCCGACGCCCGCAGCAUGUUUGAGCACGCCCGCGUCGAGUGCCAGAGCCACGCCUUCAACUACAACGAGGCCCUGCGCGUCGAGUCCUGCACCCAGGCCAUCUGUGACCUCGCCCUGCGCUUCGGCGAGUCUGCGGACGGCGAGGAGAGCAUCAUGAGCAGGCCCUUUGGCGUGGCCCUGCUGAUCGCCGGCUACGAUGAGGACGGCCCAAGCUUGUACCAUGCCGAGCCUACAGGAACCUUCUACCGGUAUGAUGCCAAGGCCAUUGGGAGCGGCAGUGAGGGUGCGCAGGCGGAGUUGCAGAACGAGUACCACAAGUCUCUCACUCUCACAGAUGCAGAGACAUUGGUGCUCAAGACACUGAAGCAGGUGAUGGAGGAGAAGCUGGAUUCCAAGAACGUGCAACUGGCAAGCGUGACCAAGGAGAAGGGCUUCCGGAUAUACACGGACGAGGAGAUGGCUGCGGUCGUGGAGCGUCUACCCGCAAACUAAUCACGCACGGACGUCAACCAAGAACACAACAAUACCUAGUCAUUGACAGGAGACCGAGAUCCGCAAAAAGGGACUAGAGAAAGCGUCGGUGCCUUUGUAAGUAAUGGCCUUGAGCAUGGGCCAAAGAAAAGAAAGGGACAAGAUCUCGCUUCAUCUCAAAUGUAUGACGAUUAGAGCAAAUGUGAAACGAGAACUCAUCAAG